AUGGCUUCCAAACGUCGUAAAGGCUCCUCCUCGCGUGGUAAUUUUAAGAAGCAGAAAUCAACAACUUCAGAGUCAGACCACCUCUCCAACAUUGAUUUCCUCAGCAACUCAGCAUCCCGAUUCUUGCAACAAGAUAUUGACUCAUUGAGAGUGAAGUUUCAAGGAGCCUCAGGCAAAUUUAGUGUUAUUCCUAGAAAUGCUGGAACAGCUGAAACAAAAACUGACUCUCUGGUGGAUGACCUGCUAUGCAUUGUUGAGCUAAAUGAAUGGCCUACAUGGAUUGAGAAUCACCCACUGUUGAGAUUGUUCAUUAAAGGCCAACCUCAUGUCUCAGCAGACCCAGCAUUUGUUAUUAAUACGAGAUCAACAACAUAUGCACAUGACUGUAUGCGCGAUAAACACAUAAGAAAAUUUAGGCCGGAAACUGGUUUUGGCGAAGUGCAGAUCGCUGCAGAAAUGCUUGCGUGUGGAUCUGAAAACAUAGGUGCCGCCCGUGCAGUAAUAGAUCAAAUUAUAUUUGGUGUCCGCGUCAUUUCGACAUACGUCACAUUCUACAAAGCUGAAAUUCGUGGAGGAUAUUGGACAGAACUUUCCAAUGGUUUACCAACGCAGCAUUCAGUCGUGAUCAAAAGGUGGCCUCCGGCUAAUACCGAUCAGAGUGAUUUGAACCUUGCAGAUCCGGCUGAGAUUAAACCUUAUUUAUACUAUAGGGGGAGAUGGGUUGCAUAUAAAGAUGUACAGCGCUUUGAAGGAGCCUUAUCGGGUGUCAAUGAAGAAGUUGCUAUUGGAAUUAUGGUAGCCCGAUCCAAGAAAAGGUAUAUUUCUCUUGGACCGAAAAAAGAAGUCAUUAAUACAGAAAUGCUUACAUUACAAGAGGACACUAAAAUGUUCACCCGAAUGCUCGACGAUAAACAGCAAAAAGAGCCAAAGAAUAACAUCAUCUUAACAGACGAGCAUGACUUACAAGUCCCGCCCGAUAUAUAA